AUGAACUGCACUGAACUGUUUAUUCAUCUAAACUUCUCAAGAGGAUCACAAAAUGUGACCGCUUCGUCUCAGAUGGUAACUCUGCAGCUGAUGAAGUACUACCUAUAUGAUAUAGUUAUCCCCCUUGUCUGUGCCUUCGGAUUCGUUGGUAACAUUCUAAAUGUCGUCAUUUUCACAAAGAAGAAGAACAACAAGAUUCUUGAUGAAGUAGAAUAUUGUACAACGAUCUGUCUCGUGGCUUUGGCUGUUUCUGACAUGAUGUUUUGUCUGUGUACAUUUCCAAACGCGUUUCUACCGGACCGAGUCAGUUUCCACCGAUCUGAGUUUAUGUUGUUCUACAAGAUGUACAGUAUCGCAGUGAUCAGUACUUUUAUACUCAGUAGCACUCUGCUAACGGUGCUCACGGCAUUCAUGCGAUAUCUAGCAAUCUGUCAUCCAUUCCGUUCUCGUCAGUUUAUUUCUGUUAAAAUAACGGGGAUGGCCAUUCUGGUGAUUUGUGUGACAUCUGUAGGGUUCAACAUCCCGUCCCUGUGGGUUUUUAAACAGGAAAAUCUGCCCUGCUUUGUCUCGCAGGAAUAUGUUUCAACAACAAAAGGUGACUUAUUCAACAAUAUCAACUUUGUUUAUGCACACAAACUUUUGUGGGCCAUACUUGGAAAUUUUUUGCCGCUGGCUAUUUUGUUGUAUUGUAACAUAUGCCUAAUCAGGGCCUUGCAUCAGAGCAAACAGCUGCGACUUCUCCACAGCCGUGAUGAUACGACUUGUCUUUCCGCUCAUCGGCGAAUUAACAUCACUCUCAUCACAAUCAUCAUAUUUUUCUUCAUUCUCGUAGCCCCGAGCGAGAUCACAAAAUUUUUCUUCUAUAUAAUUAAGGAAUACCAGAGAGACAGACGUACCUAUGAAAUGGUAUCCAUGGUAACUAACACACUCCAGACUAUCAACUUUUCGGUAAAUUUCAUUCUUUAUUAUGUUAUCAUUGCCCCAUUUCGUAAAACUCUCCAUGAAUUUGUUUGUGCACUUCCUCGUCGGAGCACAGAAACUCGUGACCAUACCUCUAACAGUGGUAAACACACCAUAAUGCUACUUUCCAUUAAAGAACAGCAACAAAAUUGUAUGUAA